UCCACUGAAAAGUUAGAAAACAGAGGCUAUGCUACAGUCGGUUCUUGUCCUAUACGGAGUAAACUCAGCGGCGAUUUCUACAUCGGAAGAAAACAGGGGUGUGUGAACGCCUCUAUAAAACACAAAAUGGCAUCCAAGACUGCCGUCUUCUUUCUUUUGCUGGCAUUUUGGGGAAUUUUGGACAUCAAAGCCGCGUCUGUUACCAGUUAUAAGAAAGAUACGUGGGUUGAUCGUCUUGCAGGUUUAGUGUCUUCCUAUAUUUUUCAAAUUCUGUCACUUUACUAUCAUGGAUGGUGCACACGAAUUUCGCUCACUUUAAAAUCCAGUUUUCACGUCUUACUAUAACAAAUGAUUCGUAUAGACAAAUCCGCAAUCCAUAUUCUAAAAAUUAUUUCAUUUUUCAACCGCCCAGACCCACAACUACAAAAGAAUCGUUCAUAUUUUCAUCAGUUUCUGUAAGAACAGGCACGGCACAACCUAGAAUGAAAUACAUGUACUUCACAAAUGUUAAUAAUAUGCCAAACGCGGUCAAACCAUCCUUUCUAACGUACAAGUUUAAUAUUCACUUUCCCAGCUGAUUCCAAUUCAGAAAAUUCCUUACAUAUAAAUCAUAACAUAAAGAGUUUCAAAAGUUGUUUAAGCUUAUAUCAUAUUACCCGGAGAAUGAAUGGCAUUUUUGUCGCUGAUUACUCGACACUAACACAAAAAGGUGUUAAAAAUAUUCCAUUCCACAGAUACUGUAAAACUAUAUUAAACAUUCCUCGCUGAAGAUAGGCGUUGGAACUUAAUUUUUAACUACAGAUGGAUCCCAGAUGACAAUUGUUAAAGUCAUUCCUGUUUAGUUACUUUUCAUGUGACUCUUUCAUCAAAAUUCACUUUCAGAUGAAAAAUCUUCAAAUUGUUCUAUUUUUUUUUAAAGUUAUGCAACAUACGAGGAAAAAUACGCCGCGUUUUUCUUUAGACGCGUCCUAAAUAAGACGCAAACUAUGCCGUAUAAACGGCACAUUUUUGAGACGCGACUUAGCAAAGACGCGUAUCAUCGAAGAACAGGUGUUGGGGGCUGUUCUUACGCAAGACGCGUCUUAGCUAAAUUUGAAACGGAAUCUGCCAAUUAUACACGGGAUAGUUUGAGUCUUGUUUAGGACGCGUCAUUUGUAAGACGCGUCUUAUUUUUCCUCGUUUAAACGGACCCAAUGGAUCCGCAUGAAAAAUCCCACGAAAGUUUGAACGGAGCGGUAGGCGGGAAUCAAACUUUUGUGCUUGCUUUGUUUCCUUUGAUAUUUGUUUUGUUGCUUGUUGUUUUGUCUAUUUUAAGGUUUUCUGUUUUUGCUCUUCGCUGUUUUAAUCGACAUGAAUGGAUUAUUAAUCUAGAGAAACUAUGGUCAUCACUGCCAAAUAGAGUUAAAGGCACCGAGUGCUUAAAAAAUCUAAACAUCGGCUUUUGAGCUCAUAUAUCAUUCAUAUCUCUCCCGGCCUGGGCUUACAAAAAGUUGCAGAGCCGAAAUUGAAAAUUGGCUGCCCAUGAAAGCAAUCAACGCGUAGGCAAGAAUUUAGAUUGAUCAAGAAAAAUUGGACUAAGUGACCCCCAUUCGCUGUUUUUCACAGGUAAUCUGCAAUCAAAGAGUACGAACUAAGUACGUUUCUGGUACGUCACAAAUUAAAAUCAACUGUCCAAAGUGUCUACAAAGAAAAUAAUGAAUCGUAUGCUCUACGGGAUUAUGAAAUUUUAUUGGGAUGAUAAUUGGCAAUUAGACAGUAACUAGCUUCAGAUUUGGUUUUUGACUUAAAAAACUGGUGUCAACGACGAAGCCAACGUUAAGCUAUGUUCACACUAUCACCGAUAACCUGUGAUCAGGCGUUCGUUUUUCGGGACAGCGCAAACAAAAAGGGAAGAAGGACCACCUGAUAGCUUUUCGUGCCUUCACCACUAGAGGCUGUCUUGUAUACUGUGAACACCGAGCAUUCGAUAUGUGACCCGACACUUCAGAGAUCGACACGAUGUAGCUUCGCUCAGUUACAGAAAUCGGCGCGAUGCAGCUUCGCUCAGUUACAGAAAUCGCGCCGAAAUCACUUAAGUUCUUAUGUAUAAACCCAGUAUGGUUUUCUUGCCUGCACAAAAGCUACCUGGCACUGUGAACACAGUCUUGGACAAUUCACUCGCUUUCUUCAGGCAGACAAUUUGCUUGAUAAGUCAGAACAAAAUUGUCAUGACCAUUUCGCUUUUCGAAACAAUAACUCCUUAUUAAAAGCCGCGGUCGUCAACGGAGGAUCGGCUUGCUCCUUCAAUUCAGAAAAUCAUACUCUUAAAGCCAAUCUUUCCGUCUAUUGUUUUGUUUUGUUUUUUGUUGUUGUUUUUUCAGACUCAGACGGGAGUAAGCGAACCGCAAAUGAGGACAGGGAAGAAUCAGAUUAUAACGCUGAAGGUAUCUUGGCUUUAGAGACAUAUAGAUACUCUAAUCGUUUAAGUGGUGCUUGACAAUAUUUAAGCAGGAGGGUGUCAGCAGUGAAGGAUGGAAGUGAAACAUUCCCUCUUUAAUAGCAUUACUCGACGAACUUGCAACUAUUUUUCUCUUCCUAUAUGCUGUUGCUUUAUAAACAAAGAAAGAGAAGAAAAAUCCACAUCACUUUGUUAUUCAUUCGUAAAUAAGAAGCCUAACUCGCGCACAAGUGAUUUUCUCCUAGCCCGCCAAACUUUUCCCAUAACUCCCUGGAUGAGCCUUGAGCCCGCUCUCCGGCUAGAAAUGAGCGCCGCCCCAGAAUAAGAAUUGCUCCUACAAGUUGAAAAAUAAAAGCACCGCGGCGCUCUUUAACGGUACCAGAGCAAAAACUAUUUAGUGCUUUUUACGAUCGGGUCAUAAACUCCCACGGAUAUAAGCAAACCCCUCCGUUAAUAAGCCCCCCUAAAACCUCUGACGAAAGCCCAGGGCUUUAUAAGCAGCAGUCAGUCACGGUAUAAGAUUUUAUGCACUUAUAGUUGCGUCGGUGUUCGUUAUCAUUUGACAAGACUCUAAGGGGUCGGUUAUUUAAACGAAGAUCGGGUUUUAGGAAAUAUUUGGACCUCGAGAUCUCUUCCUUAGUGGGUUAUUUUAAGGAAACAAAUGCUUUUCCAGUUUACACUACAUGCUUUGAUAAAACUGUUCACGCUAAAUAGUGUUUACAUAAAAGUGUUUGGCAAACUGAAAAUCGAUUAGGACGUGUUAAACACUCGCUAAACUGCUUUUGAGUAACUAGCCCUAGAUCUUUUGCGUGCUUUUGGAAUUAGAUCGUUUGUGAGAACCACGGGCUUGACAGAGCUGACAUUUCUUUUCUUACGAAAGAAAAUGUUAGCCUGGUUUCAAUAAAACAAUUCUGACAAUUGUGUUUAUUUAAAUGUCCAGCAGGUGAUGUUGCUUUCGGUGUCGACGGGGUAUCUGAUUACUAUGACAAUGCUCUAGAGAACAGGGAAGGUAAAUGA